AUGGGUAACCACUCCACCGAGCACAAAGAGCCGUGGCAGGCGAUCGCAGUCAGGAAACGCGCCGAACGUGAGGCGAAGAUACCGUCGGAAUGGCAGUUUCCACCUUCGCUCUUUCCCGGACCGGAUGUUCUCGAUGUUUCUUCAUUCCCUCGCGAUUCCGGACUACUUUCCCAACAUGAGUUGGAGCUGACCGAUGCGACCGCAUCCAAGAUCGUCGUGAACAUCGCGACGGGAGUCUGGACGUCCGAGAAAGUCACCAGAGCCGUCUGCAAGCGAGCUGUAAUCGCCCAGAGACUGGUGAACUGCCUCACCGAGAUCUGUUUCGAUGAUGCUAUCGAAAGAGCGAGAGCGCUCGAUGACCGCCUUCGAAUCGACGGCACGACCGUCGGUCCUCUACACGGCCUCCCGAUCAGCCUGAAAGACCAAUUCAACGUCCCAGGCCUAGACACAACUCUUGGCUACAUCGCCAAAGCUGGCCAUCCACUCAAGUCCGAAUCCACACUCGUGGACAUCCUGGAGCAAGCAGGCGCCAUCAUCUACGUCAAAACUUCUGUUCCCACCACGCUGAUGAUGGGUGAAACAAUCAACAACGUCUUCGGCCGCACUCUCAAUCCCUAUAACCUCAACCUCACACCUGGCGGCUCCUCUGGCGGCGAGUCCGCCCUUAUCGCUCUCGGCGGGAGUCCCUUGGGAGUUGGAACGGAUAUAGGAGGAUCUAUCAGGCACCCAUGUCACUGCACUGGUCUGUAUGGACUGAGACCUUCCCACGGAAGAGUUUCUUAUCAGAACGUUGCCACGACGUUUGUCGGACAGGAAGCGAUAAGGUCUGUGGCGGGUCCGAUGUGCAGGAGCCCAGAGGACGUGAGGCUCUUUAUGAAAGCCGUGAUUGAAGCGAAGCCAUGGACGCAGGAUCCGGGCUGUCUCCCCAUUCCGUGGAGAACCGAAGAAGAGAUCCUACCGGAGAAGCUAUGUUUUGGAAUCGCCAUGAGUGACGGCCGCGUUGCGCCAACUCCACCGCUGCGGAGGGCGUUGGAGAUGACGAGGAGGAAGCUCGAGGAAACGGGUCAUCUUGUAAUCGAUUUCACUCCAGUCGAAUCGAUUGAGAGCCACGAGAUCAUCAAGCACAUGUUCUCCGCCGAUGGUGGCGAGGAGUUUCAGCGGGACACUGAGGCCUCCGGCGAACCGCUCCCGAUAGGGGUCGAGAAGUGGUUAGGUAAGACCGCCAACGCACCACGAGCAACGGCCUUCGAAACAUGGCAGAACCAGCGCAGGAGGGAUCUGUUAGCGUCGACGUGGCAUGCGCGUUGGAACGCUACACAAGCCUCGACAGGAACUGCCCGACCGAUCGACGGACUUAUCAUGCCGACUGUUGUAUUUCCGGCUGCGGAGCACGACGCGGCGUAUCCGUCUCACUAUGGAACGUUGUCACCAGUUCUCGAUCUCACGACUGGCUCGUUCCCAGUGACGCAAGUCGAUCUAGAGAGGGAUGUGGUCCCCACGGACUGGGAGCCGAUGAGUGAAGAAGAUAGGAAGGUUAUGGAGACUUACAAACGACCCGAGAAGUUCAUGAACUCUCCCAUCGGACUAUCCAUCAUUGGGCGAAGGCUUGAGGAGGAGAAAGUUUCAGCGAUGCUCAAGGUGAUUGGAGAUGUUUUGGCGUGCGAUGAGUAA